AUGAGUAGACCUAAUCAAGCUAUUGAACAAGAAGAUGAAACAAAAUCUCUUUGGAGAUAUUUUACAAAGAUAAGAAAAACUCUCGGUGGUGGAAACUAUAUGGUCAACUGUACUUUGUGUGAUUUUGAAUUUAAUGGAUCUUACACUCGAGUGAGAGCUCAUCUCUUAAAAAUUAAGGGAGAAGGGGUUAGAGUUUGUCCAAAGGUGAAUCCGACAAAACUUGCUGAGCUUAAAAGAUUGGAUAAUGAAGCAACUUUGAAAAUUGAAAAUUCAAAGAAGAAAAAGGUCUCUCUACCACCUGUAUCUGAGGAAAGAAAGCAGACAAGCAGUGGUGGUGUUCACCAAAAACUCAAGGGUCCUCUAGAAGCUUCUUUCAACAUUCAAGCUAGAGAUGCUCUUGAUUGUGAAAUUGCAAGGAUGUUUUAUUCUUCAGGAUUAGCAUUUCAUCUCGCAAGAAGUCCUUAUUAUAGGAGUGCCUUUUCUUACGCUGCCAAUACUUCUAACCUUAGUGGAUAUGUACCACCAUCAUAUAAUAAAUUGAGAGGUUCACUGCUUGAUAAAGAAAGAGCUCAUGUAGAAAAUCUUCUGCAACCUAUAAAGAAUUCAUGGAAGCCAAAAGGUGUGACAAUUGUUAGCGAUGGAUGGAGCAACCCUCAAAGAAGACCUCUUAUCAAUUUUAUGGCUAUCAAUGAGAGUGGACCAAUGUUUUUGAAAGCAAUAGAUGGAUCUGGUGAGACAAAAGACAAGGAUUUUAUUGCCAAACACAUGAGAGAUGUAAUUAUGGAAGUUGGACCAAAAAACGUGGUACAAAUUAUCACAAACAAUGCAGCAGUAUGUAAGGCAGCAGGCAUGAUCAUAGAAUCAGAAUUUUCUUCAAUCUAUUGGACUCCUUGUGUAGUGCACACCUUUAAUCUUGCAUUGAAAAAUAUUUGUAUGGCAAAAAGUACAGAAAGAAAUAGUGAUCUUUAUGAAGAAUUUUAUUGGAUCUCACAAAUUGCUGAUGAUGCUACAUUUAUUAAAAACUUCAUUAUGGGGCACUCUAUGAGAUUAUCAAUGUUUAAUAACUUCAAUUCAUUGAUGUUUCUUUCUGUUGCUCCAACGAGAUUUGCUUCAACCAUUAUCAUGCUUAAAAGAUUUAGAAGCUUGAAAAGAGGACUCCAAGAGAUGGUAAUUAGUAAUGAAUGGUCUGAUUACAAAGAGGAUAAUGUUGAUAAUGCAUGA